UCCGCCUCCUGGGUUCAAACAAUUCUCCUGCCUCAGCCUCCUGAGUAGCUGGUAUUACAGGUGCGUGCCACGAUGCUCAGCUAAUUUUUGUAUUUUUGUAUUCAGAUUUUUCCUAGCCUAGUGGAAGCCUGAAAGUAUAAAAGCCUGUUUUUUCUUACUUCAGAUUCCCCAUCAUCAUCACUGCUCACUAUCUUCUUUGUUCCAGUUUUUGGUAUUUUUUCCGUUAGUUCAUGAUAUUUGGGUGGACAGAGUAGCAUAGCUAGCUGUUCUUUGUGGUGAUUCUGUUGGCUGUGAGGAGGACUUGGGAAUACAGUCCAUUUUAAGAAGUAAGGGGAGAGCACAACUGGGAAAGGGUAGAAAGCAUGUUGUUCCCAACCUGCCAAGUGUCUGUGCUCCCCAUUUAGAGAUAGGCUACUCUUAGACUGUUCUCCUCACCCUAAAAUAGUUGGUUUACUUUGAUAGAACUUGGGGAAGUGUGAGAAAUUAGGAGAGGAAUGUCUUCUCACUUGACCGCUGAAAAAUGUUUGGGGAAGGUUGUUGUUGCGUAUCACCUUUAUCUAAUCCUGCGUGGUCACUUAGACUGUCAGAUUUUAAACUUAAGUGUUUCCUAGGAGGCAUGUUGUACCAAGUUGGGCUGCAUAACUCACCUUUUUUCUCCUCCCCCCCCUUCUUUAUCUCCUUUUGCCUUUCUCCAGCUAUGCUACCUAUGUCUUCAGCCUUGAGUGUCACUGCUGCCUUAGGCCAGCCUGGACAAACCCUCCCCCCUCCUUGCUCUCCUGCCCCACAACAGUGCCCUCUGUCAACUGCUAACCAGACUGCCCCAUUCCCUUCCCCCUCUACUAUUGCCUCGACCCCUUUUGAAGUUCCUUUUACCCAGUCAUCCUCUGGAACAGCCCUACCUUUGGGAACUGCCCCUGAAGCCCCAACCUUCCUACCAAACCUAAUAGGGCCUCCCAUCUCCCCAGCUGCCUUAGCUCUGGCCUCUCCCAUGAUAGCUCCAACUCUGAAAGGGACGCCUUCCUCUUCAGCUCCCUUAGCUCUGGUUGCCCUGGCUCCCCACUCAGUUCAGAAGAGUUCUGCUUUUCCACCUAACCUUCCUUCUUCACCUCCUUCAGUGGCUGUAGCUGAGUCAGGGUCAGUGAUAUCACUGUCAGCUCCCAUUGCUCCCUCAGAACCAAAGACUAAUCUUAUUAAAGUUCCCUCUGAGGUAGUCCCUAAUCCAAAAGGCACCCCCAGUCCUCCAUGUAUAGUCAGUACCGUUCCUUACCACUGUGUGACUCCCGUGGCCUCUGUUCAAUCUGGAAUGGCCUCCCUUCCUCAGACAACACCCACAACUACCCUAGCUAUCACUUCCCCUCAAGUCAAAGAUACCACCAUUUCCUCAGCUCUGACUUCUCCACAAAACCCAGGAAGCCUCAGCCUAAAGGGGCCUGUUAGUCCAUCUGCUGCCUUACCUCUUUCAACUCAGUCUCUUCCUGUGGUGACCACUUCUCAAAAGACUGUGGGUCCCAACACCCCCCCAGAUUUUCCCAUUUAUCUGGGCUCUCAUCUUGCACCUUUAUAUCAAAGUUCUUUUGGUUCUGUCCAACCUUUAGGUCAAACAAGUCCCAGUGCUUUGACAGACCCUACAGUGAAGACCAUUUCUAUAGAUCAUUCUUCCACAGGGGACUCUUAUCCUUCUCAGAGAUCUGUAAUUCCUCCCCUUCCUUCCAGAAAUGAGGUAGUUCCUGCUACUGUGGCUGCCUUUCCAGUGGUGGCUCCAUCUGUUGACAAAGGUCCCUCUACCAUCACUAGCAUAACCUACAGCCCUUCUGGCUCCUUAAAUGUAGCUACCUCCUCUUCAUUAUCUCCUACGACCUCUCUCAUUCUCAAAAGCUCUCCUAAAGCCACUCAUCAUUAUCCUUUAGUGGCCCAAAUGCCUGUUUCUUCUGUUGGAACCACCCCACUUGUGGUGACUAACCCCUGUACAAUUGAUGCAGCAGCUACUACCUUUGAGGUAGCUACUUGUGUUUCUCCUCCAAUUUCAUCAGGUCCCAUAAGUAAUAUAGAACCAACUUCCCCUGCUGCCUUGGUUAUGGCACCUGUGGCUCCCAAAGAGCCUUCUACUCAAGUAGCAACCACUCUGAGGACACCAGUCUCUCCUCCUCUGCCAGACCCUGAAAACCUCAAAAAUCUCCCCAGUUCAGUAUUGGUUAAAUUUCCAACACAAAAAGACCUCCAAACUGUACCUGCCUCUCCUGACGGAGCUGCUUUCUCUCCAGCCCAAGCAGAACUCACCACCAAGAAAGACCCUACUGUGUUACCAUUAGCCCAGACAGUUCGUAAAAAUUCCCCUUCUUUCCAAAGUACAUCCUCUUCUCCAGAGAUAUCUCUUUCUCCUGAAACCACCAUAGCAAAGAAAAGCCUUGGAGGCCCUCUCCCUAUAGGUAAGCCAACCAGCACUGUGACCUCCCCGCUGGGUGUUAACUCCUCCUCGGCCUCUGUAAUCAAGACAGAUUCUUAUGCAGACCCAGACUCUGCUGGUCUGCUUCUCAAAAGUUCUCUCAUUACCCCAACAGUGACUGCAUUUCCUUUGCAAAGUGCUGACCCUGCUGGGGUGACUCCCACAACUGCCAAAGGUACCUCAACUUAUAUAGCUACAGCCAGCCCUUUUCUAGAAGGAACCGUCUCUUUAGCUCCUGAAAAACACCCAGUUAAGGAAGGUACUUCCACUCUUACUACUUUAUCCUUGGUUCCUACAGCUUCAGAUUGCCCUGUGGCUCCAUCCCCCCAGAAUACCUCUGCUCCUCUGGCUACCUUAGUGCUGGCCCCUGAAAUCCCAAAGUCUGUGCCUUCACCCUCUCUUCCCGCAGCUGGGACUCCUCCAGGUACAAAAAAGGUUGAUGGUAUUUCUCAUACUUCAGCAUUGGCACCUGUUGCUUCCUCUCCCAAAGAGUGCCCAAUUGAGGACUCUGGUGCUUCUGCUACUGCAUCUUCCAAAGGAACUCUGACUUACCUAGCUGGCUCCCCAUCUCCUUUAGGGGUUAGUGUGUCUCAGACUAAAAGACCUCCAACCAAGAAGGGUUCUGCUGGCCCUGAUACUCCUGUUGGAAAUCUCUCGUCCCCUGUUUCUCCAGUUGAAGCUUCAUUUAUCUCAGAGAAUAGUCUUUCUUUCCAAGACUCUAAAGACUCACCUGCCACGAAACAUUCUCCCACUCCUCCAUCCCCCAAAGGGGCCCCUGCCCCCUCAGCUGUGACUCCUCUGUCUCCCAAAAGAGUAACACUACCCCCCAAAGAGACCUCCACUCCUUCAGUUGUGAAUCCGCCCUUCCCCAAAGAGGGUCCAGCUACCCCAGCACCCAAACAGGCUCCCACUCCUCCCACUCUAUCCAGGACUUCUUCCUCCCUCAAAAAGGCCCCCACACCCCUAGCUGCAACUCCUCCUUCCCGCAAAGGAGGCCCAGCUACCCCAUCCCCCAAAGGGGCCCCCACA